AUGAAUUCAAACUUUCUAUUUCUACUUCCUAAAGUCCAAGGUGCAAAAAAAGCUGAGCAAUUUAGACCUAUUGGACUAGCUAAUUUCAGUUUCAAGAUUAUUAGAAGAAUUAUCACAUCAAGACUUAGCUCUUUGAUUGAGAAAAUAGUAUCUUGUCAGCAACAAGCAUUCAUUAAAGGCAAAGAUAUUCAUGAAAAAAUUGUUUUAGCUUCUGAGAUGGUGAAUGAAUCAGAUAUUAAGAGGAGAGGAGGAAAUAUUGGUUUAAAGCUAGAUACUACACAAGCAUAUGAUUCAUUGAGCUGGGACUUCCUCUUUGAAACUUUAAAACAUUUUGGAUUCUCUGAAGUUGGAAUUAGAUGGUUAAGAACUUUGUUUGAGUCUGCUAAAAUCUCAGUAUUAGUAAAUGGUGGACCUUGUGGGUUUUUUUAA